AAAUGGAAAAAAGAAGUUAAUUGGGUUGUAAGUUCCACUGGCACUUUCCCCACAUGAUCAUCCCUAACCUCCCAACCCAACUCCGCCACUUCCCCUUCCCCCAAUUUUCCAUCAUUAUAUAUGAUUAUAUUCUCCAUUCAAUCCCUCAUUUCUCUUCAAUUUCUCCUCUCCAAUGGCUUCCUUUUCCCAUUUCUUCCUCUUCUUAACCCUAAUUUCCUCCUCUCUUUCCCUCUCCCAUUCCCUCACUUGUUCUUCUCAAUCCUUCCCGGCCAACAGAUCCUUCACCAACUGCCAAGAUCUCCCCUAUCUCAACGCCUUCCUCCACUGGACCUACGAUCCCCAAAAUUCCUCUCUCUCCAUCGCCUUCCUCGCCCCGCUGCCGCGCCCCCUUGGCUGGGUUGCCUGGGCCGUCAACCCCACUGCCACCGGCAUGAUCGGAUCCGAAGCCUUCCUCGCCACUCUCUCCGACGGCGGCCACAUCGCCUCUAUCACUACCUUCAACGUUACUUCCUACUCCUCUGUUCUUCCUUCGCUGUCGCUUUCCUUUCCGUUCUGGGACGUCGCUGCGGAAUCUACCAACGGCCACUUGUGCAUCUUCGUUACCGUGAAAGUUCCGGCUAAGGCUAAGUCGUUGAACCAAGUUUGGCAAGUUGGACCGUCGGUCGACUCGGGUUCGGGUAUUCCUACGGCGCAUGAGUUUAAAGCGGAUAAUUUGAAUGCAAGAAGCGUGUUGGUUUUUGAUGAAAGUGGUGGUGGUGUUACUCCGAUUCCUGCUCCACGCGCUCAUGGUGGCGCAUCUAGUGCUCCUGUGCCUACGGUUGGCGGUGAUGAUAAGGCUGGGGUUGCCGGAAUUAGAUGGCGGAAUUUGGGGUUGGUUGUGAGUUGGUUUGUGUUUGUUGUUUGCGGGAUUUUUGGUUUCUGAUUUUAAUUUUAGUUUAGGAAAAAAAAAAAAAAAAGGUAAACUCUUUGUGACUUUUUUCUUCAUUUUU